AAAGUCCAUUUGCAAUAUAAUUGAUAGAAGUUUAAAAAGGUUAGUGGGUUGAACUGAAGAAACUAUCAGGAAAAAGAGAGGAGAAAAGAAGGGAAAGUGUGGUUGGUGCACAAACCCUUAAAUCUUUUAUAGCUAUAUAAACCCAAGAUAUAUGAGCACAAUUCAGUCAGAAGUUUGUUUUCCCUUCCAUUCUAAACAAAUAAAAAACUUAUAAAUUUGUGCUGAGCGAAUCACUAGAAUGGGUAGCCUCUCACUUGAAAUGGAUUUUGAGCCGUCAGCCAUAACACCGAGAGGUUUAGCGCGGCGAAGUUUGUUUCCUCCUGGGGACAACAAGAAACCGAAAGUGGCACAACCAACAGGUCCAAGGAAGAAUUUGCAACUUGAGGUGAUGGAGCCUGGCUUGAGGAAAGAUGGUCCCUCCUUGGACUCUAUCUUGGUUAAUUAUUUAGACACACUUACACAACGGGUCAAUUUUCAUUUAGGUUAUCCAGUGAACAUAUGCUAUGAUCACUAUGCAAAUUUAGCUCGACUUUUGCAAUUUCACCUAAAUAAUUGUGGUGAUCCAUUCAUGAAGAACACUGUCGAUUUCCACUCAAAAGACUUCGAAAUGGCUGUUUUGGAUUGGUUUGCACAAUUAUGGGAAAUUGAAAAGGACCAAUAUUGGGGUUAUGUAACUAAUGGCGGUACAGAAGGCAAUCUCCAUGGUAUUUUGAUAGGGAGAGAGCUACUUCCCGAUGGAAUAUUAUAUGCAUCAAAAGACUCUCAUUACUCGGUCUUUAAAGCUGCAAGAAUGUAUAGAAUGGAUUUGGAAAUGAUCAACACAUCAGUAAAUGGAGAGAUGGAUUAUUCUGAUUUAAGAGCAAAGUUGCUUCAAAAUAAGGACAAACCAGCAAUUAUAAAUGUGACUAUUGGAACUACCUUCAAAGGAGCUAUUGAUGACCUUGAUGUUAUACUUGAAGUACUCAAAGAUUGUGGCUAUUCACAAGAUAUGUUUUACAUCCACUGUGAUGCAGCACUAUGUGGUCUUAUGGUCCCCUUUAUAAACAAUAUGAUUAGUUUCAAGAAGCCAAUUGGAAGUGUCACAAUUUCUGGUCACAAGUUCUUAGGAUGUCCAAUGCCAUGUGGUGUCCAAAUAACAAGAAAAAGCAACAUCAAUAAUCUCUCAAGAAAUGUGGAGUACAUUGCUUCUGUCGAUGCCACUAUUUCUGGUAGCCGUAACGGUUUAACUCCAAUUUUUUUAUGGUAUAGUUUGAGCGCUAAAGGUCACAUUGGCCUGAAAAAUGAUGUUAAAAGAUGCCUCGACAAUGCUAGAUAUUUGAAAGAUCGUCUACAACAAGCAGGGGUAAGUGCCAUGCUAAAUGAGCUUAGCAUCGUAGUUGUGCUUGAAAGGCCUCGUGACCUAGAAUUUGUCCGUCGUUGGCAACUUUCAUGUGUCAAAGAUAUGGCACAUGUUAUUGUGAUGCCAGGUAUCACCCGAGAAAUGCUUGACAUUUUCAUCGGUGAACUAGUGCAACAAAGGAAACAAUGGUAUCAAGGUGGUGAAGUUGAGCCUCCUUGUAUUGCAGAUGAUGUUGGUGCUCAAAAUUGCUCAUGCUCUUAUCAUAAGAUUGAUGACAUCAGUCCUUAGAAGGCCAAGAAGAAAAGAUCAUCUGCAAAUUGAAAUUGCAAUUUUAGAGAUCUAAUUUGUUUGUUUUCCAUAGUGAUGACGUUUAUUGAUUCUUUAUGACUUCAUUUUUUUCCUCACAUUGAAAGUGAAUUGUAUACCUGAUUGUACUACUGGACGACAUAAUUGUAAUACAUAAUUUUUAAUUAAAAAAAAAAUUACAGUCUUCUUUA